ACAGCAGAAGCGACAGAAAGACAGAAGAUAAGAAAUAUGACAGACGACAGCGCAGUAGGAAACAGCACUGGCAUUUAGACAACAACAUUCAAAUGUGGCGCUACGGACGGCGGCGGAAGUGAGCAAGAGAGUCGGACUUCAGGGAUGAUAGAUGAACAAAACUGCCCUCUGCUGGUGUGGAAGUAGCCCCAAGGUCAGAGCUGCCCUGGAGGAAGAUGGCAAGAUUGUUGGAGGGUACGAGUGUCCAAAACACUCUGUGCCCUACCAAGUGUCCCUCUUCACUGGGUACAACUUCUGUGGGGGGACUCUUCUGUCCAGUGAGUGGGUGCUCUCUGCUGCACACUGCAAAACAAAGUCAAAUGUAGAAAUACGACUGGGAGAGCACAACAUCUGGGAGGCUGAGGGGACUGAACAGCACAUCAUGUCUGCCAAGUUUAUCCGUCACCCUGACUACAACUCCCGAACCCAGGACAAUGACAUCAUGCUGAUCAAGCUGAGCCAGCCGGCCACCCUCAACAGCUAUGUGCGACCCGCUACCCUUCCCACAAAGUGCGCCCGUGAUGGAGCAAUGUGCCAAAUCUCUGGAUGGGGCAGCCUUCUUUCCAGCAAUCAGGGCUCACGGUACCCCGACAAGCUGCAGUGCCUGGACGCCCCCCUCCUGAGCGAUGACACCUGCUUCAAUGCCUAUCCUUUCCAGAUCACUGAAAACAUGAUCUGUGCCGGGUUCCUGGAGGGAGGCAAGGACUCCUGUCAGGGUGACUCCGGGGGUCCCAUGGUGUGUGACGGGGAGCUCCAGGGUGUUGUGUCUUGGGGGCAUGGCUGUGCUCUGAGGAAGAAGCCCGGCGUGUACACUAAGGUUUGCAACUACAUCUCCUGGAUCGAGGACACCAUGGCAUCGGGCUGA